UGAGGCCUUGAGUUCAAACCCCACUGUUGCCAAAUUCUAAAAAUGAAAUUAAGCAGGAAAAAUACCUAAUACAUAUGACAAAGUAUUCAUACAUUUAUGUUUUAAAGAAUUAAUAUAUAACCAACAAAAUGCUAAUGCAUCAAUAGAAAACUGGGCAUAGUUUUGUUGACAUGGUUAUGUGUGAACACAUGUGUUUAUAUAUAUUUAUACACAAAUACAUCCAUUUGCUUAAGUACCUGUGACAUUUCUGUAUAAACAUGCAUAGGAGAAAGACUAAAGGAUACACACCAAAAUAUCAAUAGUGAUUGUUGUCUCUGGAUUGUUGAGCUAUAUUUUUUCUUUAUGUAUCUGUAUAUUUUCCAAGUUUUAACUUUCAUUUGUACCAUUUGUAGUUAUAUUGUCUUCCUUAUACUGCUAUCUGUUUUCCAAAUUUUAUAUAUAAGUAUGUAUUUUCUUUUAGAAUCAGAAAUAGGUUUUAUAAGAUCCUACUUAAUUGCAGUUUCUGUGCUUCUGAAGAAAUUCUUUGGCCAUAUGUAUUCUCUGUGAGAAACAGAAAACACCUAAAGUUGGCAACUUAAGUGUGAUUAUUUGUUCUUCGAAUAGCUUUCUCCUGUGUCCUGUCUGCCUCCUAGUCCCUCCCUUGGAAUUUUCCCCUCCCUAUGACUGUUUCUGCCCUAGACAUCUUUGAAAUUUUUCUUUCUCUUCCUUAUUGUUUCACCUGCUUUGUGUAUUUAGGUUUCCUUUCAAAUGCACAGAAUGUCCUGUUCCCUCAGGCUUGGGUUUAGAAAUAAGCACAGGUCAGCCUGGCAGUUCCAAGUUCCCUUUCUGCAGUACAGGAGGUGUGCCUCAUGGGAUGACCGUACCAGGAUGCCUUGCUCAGGGUCUGAAGUGUGGGGUGAUGUCCUUCCAUGGUGCACUUUGUGUCCCGGUCACUGUGUUCCUGACCCUGCUGUCAGGUUACAAGCUCAAUAAGGCAGGAACUUUGGUGUGCACUCUGAACAGGGGCUCAAUAAUUGUGUUUUGAAUUGAGUGAAUGAUUGAAUCUACUGCAGUAUCAAAGCCUAUAGGAAUUGUGUGAUAAUCUCAAACUUAUUCUAAAAAAAUUAUAUAUUUAACUUUUUAUUUGAUUGUCCAAAGCCUGAUAUAGGCUGUCCAUAGGGAAGAAAAGGUAAAUAAAUUCUUUCUGUAAUCCACAUUGGCUUUGUUUUCUCAAUAAUCAAUUUUGCAUCUCCAAAAAUUACUGUAGUUCUGUACAUUGGAGUUGAAGCUUCCCAUUUAUGUGGCCUGCCAGUUCUUCAUAUCCAGAAUAAUUAGUAAGCUAAAUAAGUCUUUGUAAGAUAGUUAAGUGUUUUUAUAUCAGAACCUGUUUUAAAUGGAACUUAUUUCAUGUGAUGUCUGGGUUCACCACCACCACUGAUGCUGGAGAGGAGGGAGCCCCAGGAGCCCAGUACACUGUCCCCUCUGGGCUGUGUCCCCUACCUUUCCCUUCUAGUCUCUCCUUGUCUGCACCUGUAUGGGAUAUUUCCAAAAAGGUUGUUGGAUGGGAUGGUACUUACGAUUUCCUCUGUCCUAAUCUACUGCUGAAUAGUGACUGACCCUUGCCACUGCAAGGUCUGUUUUAGAAACAGAAGAGGGAAAACCAAGGUAAUUUCUAAUGCCUGUCCACAAAAGAGGUUAGCUGAAAUUACAUUUAGAUUGUUAACAAAUCCUCAUUAAUAUUAAGACACUAGGCUUUUCCAGAAAGAUGCAUUUUUAAGACUAAAGAAAACCUUUGUGACAUUGUGGCAAAGGAGUGAGAUUUUGUUUGUCGUUCAGCUUGCAAACACUGCCAUUUACUGUUUAGUCUACAUUUUUUCUGGAGAAGACUUAAUACCAACUUUAGUGUUUUUGCUGAUUUUAGAUGGCUUAUUUUUGAACCCUCUAGUACAUUUUUUAAGUCAUUAUCUACUGUCCCUAUGGCCAAUUAAAAAUCGUCUUACAAGCUAUCAUAGAUUGAAUCAGAUAUUGCUAUUAUUCUUCUCCCAAGAAAGAUGACAUUUAUGAUCCCAUCAAUUUAUUGCUUGUUUUUCAAAACAAAGCAAAAUAUGACUGUUAGUGCACCCAGUUAUGUAGGAACUCUGGAAAUUCCAGAGACUGAUGAACAUGUCGUUAGUAACCAAAAAUACUGAGAUCUUAAGAAUGAUUGAAGUCAGCUCUUAAUAAUGAGCUGACAUAUUGCUUAUACCAUUACAUAAAAUAGCUAAAGCAUUUCAGAGCUGAUUAAUGGCUCCAUGGUUUCAAAUUUAUUUGGAAGACAGACUUAGAAUUGGGUAGUUUUGUCAGUCUGUCUUGGUGUUACACCACUAUAAAUGAUUCUGCUUACUCUACUAUUCCCCUCAUUGUGUAGGGUCUUAGUCCUGUUCCAGUUAGCUUAGGAGAAAAGGAAUACUUAGUUUUAAGGGCACCAGGGUAUCUCAGAAAUCUCGUGAAUGACUGGAAGGUGGGCAAUAAAUCUGUUAGGGGGAUUCAGGCGGCACCAACUUUGUCCUAUGGAUCUAUGCAUAGCAGCUGCUUGGUGUCCUUCUGAUCAGGUGUGGCAAUUCAGUAGGGGAAUCAUAGGACACAAAAUACAAUUGUGUUCAUGGCAUGACUUAUUACAAGAGCAAAGAAGCAAAAUGAAUACAAGGAGAAAAUGCAUGGUCAAGGUCCAAACGACACUGGCUGCAAGCCCCUGGGAGUUCUCUCCCAGAAGAGUUCCGCCAUUCCACUUCAUUGCCCCAAGAGGAGUGAGCUGUGAAAAUCCAUGGAAUGUUGCCAGCCAGGACAAUGUAGGGAUUUUGUUGAGGAUUACUCAUGCAUAUAGCCUUGUUGAUAUGUACCCAAUUCCAGGCUCUCAGAAGGAAGCAAGUGUUCUACAUAGACCAUACUGUUUGUAUAGAUAGUCAAGGAACAAAGUACAUUGUUAGGGAGUGGUGGGGAUCCUCCCCAAACCUAAGUUCUCAGGGCAAAUAGAACUUUCCCCUUUCCAUGCCAGAGUUUACUUACCUUUUAGGUCAGGUUGCUUGUCAUAAUAAACUUGGCUCUCAGGGAUGCCCAAUUCUAAAUUCCUAGAAGAGAGAAAUAGCCCAGCUAGGGUUUGAUACCCAUCCUGAUGUAGGCAGUAGGUCAGAGAAAUGGGUCAUCUAGUGAGAACAUGGAUAUUAAGAGUUCUUCCUAUCUGUUUGUAGAGACAAAGGUUCAUUCCAGACCCAGAAGACACUUCAAAAGGAUGUCAAUCAUAGGAAUGCAUGUGUGGAAAAGCCUCUCAAGAUUACAUUCUUCAUCUUGGCAAGGGUCCCUGUAAAAGCAGCAUCACAGAGUAAUAGAGCAUAAUGGUACCCAAUUUGAGCCCUGGGUUUCACAUGAAAUUCAGCAGACCUAGUUACUCUGAAGAGAAUGGGAGGUAUCCAUCUAUAUGAACACAGCGAAUGCCUAAGAAAUUCUGUAACAGAUCCCAGCGCCUUUCCCUGAGUGUUUUGUAGUAGUCCUAGUGAACUUCUGUUCUUUACCAUUCUAAUUUGAACUGGUUGGAGUGCAUGGAAGUGUUGUGAUUCAUCUCUGAGAUUGGGUCUUGUGGCCGAUGUGUAAAAUAGCAUAUGCUUUUAUAAUAAAGUUUGUUUUAAAGCUUUCUAGGUAAAGCUUUCAACCUAACCUGUUGAAGGUUCUGUUUUUCAGCCCUCUGUCCUGUGUUUGAGUAAUCCCAAUCUUCUCAAUAAUACCCCUAUAAGAAACUCUAAUAUUUCAGUUUUCUUUGAGACACCUUCUUACUGUGUAACCCAACUGACUCCAACUCAAGAUCUUCCUGCCUCAGCUUCCCAAGUAGUGGGAUUAUAGGCAUAUGCCACCACACUCAUCUAGAAACUCUCAUAUUUCUUGAAGGAAGCCUAUUCGUUGUACAAUGGAUAGCUUUUAUUUACUGGAAGCAGGAGCUGAUAUAAGAGUAUUGAAGUGAUCUUGAGGUGGUUCCUAACAGAGAUACAUAAAGAUUCUGUUACACCUAUGGCAGGGAUGUUCUGGAAAGGACUGGGUAUCAGCUACAAAAUUUGCUGGAAACCCUGUGAGGUAUGUAGCCCAUGUAGAAGGUGUUCUGGAUCCUUUCAGGCAAUGGGAAAUCAUCAAAGAAAUGUCAUUGUACCUCUGUUCCUGGCUACAUAAGGUUAGUAUUGAGUGAAUUUAAGGAAAACAUGUUCAUGUCCACACAUACAUAUGCAUGCAUACACACACAUGCAUGCGUACACACACACACAUGUUAGAGUGUAAAUUAAACCCUAGUGCUUCCAGCCACAUCCUCCUUUUUAUUUAAUGUGGAGUAGGGCAAAGUAGUCAACCCCCUCUACGUUGUACAUAAUAGGCAUGGUCCUUCACUGUGGUCUGAGUGGCCCAGGUGCCUCACACUCUGUGAUGCUCACUUCCCAGUCCUGUGACAGAAACAGGUAAUCACCUGCAAAUGGGUCCAUCUAAUGCCUCGACAUAGGACAUUCGCUGUUUGUCUCUUAGUCUCUUUCUGUAAUACACACAAAUGUGUCCUUAGAUUAGUUUUUGCUUUCAUAUCUUGAAUAUCUUUGAGAUGGUGGGGGAGAGCAGUAGUCAUUUACAGAGAGGUUAAUGUGCUCCGCUCCCCAGUGGUGGGGAUUGAACCCAUGGUCUUGUGCAUGCUAGCAAAGUGCUCUACCACUGGGAAUAAUACCACCCAGGUCCCUGAGAAUAACAUGUCUAAAGAAAAGACAAGUGUUUCCUUGUGAAUCUAAGAACUGCAUGUGAAAGAAAGGAAAAUUUCUAAGCUGUUCCAGUAGAUGAGCAAUAGAACUUUUGAAAACUGAAGUGAACCCACUUUGGGGGCACAGCCUGCAGGGGAAACCCUUCCUCAGAUAACAAGCUGUAUUUGCUCACUAGUUUAGGGUAUCCUGAGGUAGUGACUUAAAAUGCCAUCUCCUGUCAAGAAACCUGUUCUUUGCAUUCUUUAUAGUGAAAUCCUCAGGAAUUGUUUUGAUGGGCUAGUAUGCACCCACAAAAUCUUUGGAAAAGAAAAUCCAAGAGUCAGUGGUAGUGGGCUAUUACAAGCUCCUCUGGGUUCCCUGGCACCUUUCCAGUUCCUGGGGCUGAGGAUACCCAUUCUGACCAACACUAAGGCUUGGAGAUGCUGGAGGUCAUAAUGAAGGCCAGGCUUAUCAGAACAGUGUUUAUUAUUGGGAGUCUCCUCAACCUCCUGAGGGUGGGGCGGUGCAAGAUGCUCCAGUAGGCAUCCUAAACAUGAGUUUAGGCUGUUCACCAACACCCAGCAUGGAGAGCAAAUGAUUUCCAUGACAAAGAAUACUUGCAACACGUCUCAUCUGGCCUAUGUCUCAGUGAUAGUAUGGGUGGUAUUGCACUUGCUUAAAUUUAACUCAUGUACUACUGAUCUUUAUGAGUCUGGUUGAGUUAGAAAUGAGUAGACCUGCUAUUAUUCACCUUGAAAUUUACUAAUUGAUACUACUUUAUUCUGUCAAUGGAAAACCAUUGUCCUUUAAUUGAUUUCAGUUGUAGUUUUUUUUGGUGAAGGUGCUAUUGUUUAAGUGGAUGUACAUUUCCCUCUGUUAACCAAAUUCAGAUCUGCAUUUGUGUAGGUCUGGUAUUCUUGUAUUUGGUAUCAAGCACCUGAGUACAGUGCUUGGUGUGUGGGAUCUCAACAUGGAGACUCAAUUCUCAGCAACCUGCCAGGAGUUAGCAUGCAGGCAUGUAACAUUUCUGUUGCAUCUUUUGUUUUCACAGUGAGAGAAAAACGCAAGAGUCUCUUCAUUAACCAUCAUCCUCCUGGACAAAUAGCAAGGAAAUACAGUUCGUGCUCCACUAUUUUCCUUGAUGAUAGCACAGUCAGUCAACCAAACCUCAAGUAUACAAUUAAAUGUGUAGCUCUUGCAAUAUAUUAUCACAUCAAAAACAGGGACCCAGAUGGAAGGAUGCUGUUAGAUAUUUUUGAUGAAAACCUUCACCCUCUUUCGAAAUCUGAAGUGCCACCAGACUAUGACAAACACAACCCAGAGCAGAAGCAGAUUUACCGAUUUGUUCGGACACUGUUCAGUGCUGCUCAGCUGACUGCUGAAUGUGCCAUUGUCACCCUGGUGAGAAGGAGAAAGAAGAGUAUUAUAGAAAAAACAGAAAAGCAGUGGCUUGUGCAACAGAAUCCAAUCCUCUUUUCUCAUUAUUGGAAGACUUUAAACAAUCUAAAAAACUAAAGAAUCAAAAAACAGAUGUGUAAUAUUUUGUUUCAUAAAAAACAACUAAAGGAGAUAAAAAUGGUUAUUUGUGUGGGUUAGGACCUAAGAAUACAGAAAAAUGGAGAAGAUAACUGUUUUCUUUUGUUUCCCAUGAUGUAUUUGACUUUAAAAAUAUGUCUGUGUAUUACUUUGGCAAAAGUAAAUAAAUAAUUCAAUGAACAAAUAAAUAUAUAGAAACAUUGUGUGUUUAUUUCCUUACAGAAAAGAGGGAAAGAGUUGAAUUAAGCCUUAGUAUGGCAUCAGAGUAGUUCCAAGUAUAAAAACAUGCACAUUUAUCAGCUUACAAAAAACUAUGUUGUAUUUUUUGGAACCAAUCACAGAGUAUAACUUGCAAACUUAUAACAUUCAGGAGGUAAAAUAUGAAUAUGGCAGGUUUUUUCUUUGUGUUCAUAGCUAUAAAGACUUGGUAUGAAGUAGCAGGGAUAGUAUGAUGGGAGGAAAGCAGGGAUACCAUAAGGUUGCCAUAGUCCUAGGGAUCAUAGAUAGUGAUGACUGUUUCUUGAACUUGAUUUUUAAAAGCCUUGGAAAUAUGUCAUCAGUGAAAUGAGAACUACACUGCUGCACUUUGCAGAUCAAGACAGUUGGUUAGGACUGAACUAUUUGGCAUGAUCAUCACAGCCACAAAAAGUCCUGUUUUUAUUUGGUUGCAUCCUGAGGCAAAUGAAAAUAACCAGAAGAAAAGGAAGAAGAAGAACAAACCCUCUGUCUUCUUGUAUGCAAGAUAUAGAAUAGGUCCUGUUUAAGAUACUUCAUACACAUAGACCAUGCCACAUAUGUAUGUCAAGGCAAUGAGAAUUAAAUAUAGUUACUCGUGCACAUAUGGCACAAAAAAUGUGCCAGACUUCCAGGAGAUAUCACAGUUUGGCUAACCAUGUGCCAAGCCAAUAGAAUUAAACUUCAUAGGGUUUCUAAGAUACCACUAACAAUGCAAAGUUAAGUUACCCUAACAAAAUUACAGGAUUCAGUUCAAGAAAGAUAAUGGCUUUACUUUACUAUGUCUGCAUCACACUACCUUCAGUGUUGUGAGAUAUGGAUGUGGAACUGGGACACACACUGAGUAAAGAAACACUAAUUGUGAGGAAAAUCAAAACUAGAUUGUAUGAGGAACAGAAGAAUCAAGGAUGUAAGCCUGGGGAAAGGAAGACUUAUAAGAGCACAGCAUGGCUACCUUGCCAUAUAUUAGGUACUUUUGUAUAGAAGGAAUGGAUUCCAUUUUAAUUUUUUCUGAGAUUGGAACUGACACAUGGAUAGAAGUUACAGGAGACAUUAGACAAAAGUAAUUUCUAAUGAGUGUGAGUGACAGAACUCUGUUUCUCAAUUACUUACUGACUCUUCAUUAGAAGAAGUGUUCAUAGUGCAAGAUCAUCAUCCACUAAGUACUUUGAGAGAGGAUUCCCAUAUUAGAAUAGAGGUAGAGUCAACUGCGAUUUAAUAUCUGCCCUAGAUCUAAUAUUCUAGGUGCUAAGAAAUGUCAAUCUUGAGAUUCAGUCACCAAAUAUAUAUUAAUCAAUAAAUAAAUGUUGGUCAUCUUCUGUGUAUCAGUAAAAAAAUACUUUGUUCCUGCCUCUUGAAAUGAUACAUCCAACAGAAGUGCUAAGAA